AUGGUUAUGGAGAGUGGAAGUCGCCAAUACGGCGCGCUCAGCUACGACAGCGUCUAUCACAACCACAGUCGCGCCAAUCCGCCACACUUUGGCGAGGCAUGGCCCACCCACAGCGCUUCGCACCCACAGAGCUCCGUCUACCAGCCGACGGUAGCGGGCAACCCGGUGGGCAUCAAGCGAGAGGAUGUAUCGAGGCCGCCCACAAUUCCCGUGUCUUACUCAAACGGGCAAGUCCCUGCACCGGCCAUGGUCCCCAACGGGAACUACAACAGUGUGGGUUAUGGGACUUCCGACCUCGUUGUAUUACCUCCGGAGCUUCCACGGACAACCUUUGAGCAGACACAGCCCUGUACGAGUGCACCGCAAAUGACUUCGUUUACGCCGGCGAAUUAUUCGUCGUUGGAGUAUGCGCAGUCAUUACAUUUGCAUCAGCAGCAGCAACAGCAGCAGCAGCACCAUCAUCAGCACCAGCCACCACACCACGCAUCGCAUCUGGAGGUACGAACGGUUCAAGGGACCGAGGCGUCACCUCAUGCGACACAACCGCCGCAAGUGACUUUUAGCGAUGCUCUAGAUGCAAGCCGUGGCAUGGUUGCUCUGAGUCAAGACCUGACACCUCGUGCUAUCUACGGUACUCGAAGCUCGCGAGGGUCCGUAGAAUCGUACGGCUUUCCAUCGACACAUUCAUCCGCUUCCUCUAUUUCGUCAGCAGGUAACUAUCCGUACUACAGUGCGUCUGUUUCCGUAGACUCGUCUGUCACGGACUACAGUUCAACCACUUCAGAUUCAUAUGACGGCUUAUCGAGAACACUCCCGCGACCGUCUGGCCUUUUGGCGGGUGCUCUUCCCCCACAGUCUAUGAUGGGACAAUUCAGCUCCAAAGUGCCAUCGAACACGCAAAAGAAGCACAGAUGCAAAGUCUGCGAUAAGCGAUUCACUCGUCCGUCUUCUUUACAAACACACAUGUACAGUCACACAGGUGAAAAGCCAUAUGCCUGUGAAGUCGAAGGUUGCGGACGACACUUUUCAGUUGUAUCCAAUCUGCGACGCCACAAGAAAGUGCACAAGAACGACAAGGAUUCGGGCUCCCCAGAAGAGGACGCUUAG